AUUUUUGUACUUUUCUCCUUCACCCAUAGCUAUGGCUAGCUGGAAGUAGCUGCGUGUGGGGUCAGAUAGACCAACGUUUCUUCUAGCUGUUUCAUGGGAUUUGCCAUCACCGUGGCAUUACCUAGCUGUGGAAGUAAGUUCUUGCCAAGGAGGAGUUUUGGAGACAAGGGUGCUUUCUAUCUUGCCGCUUGCUUCGAGUUUUGUUCUGUUUGUCGUUUCCUUCGUCCUACACGGCCUUUGUUGGGCAGACAUCAAAGGAGAAUGUCAUGGACAACAGUCAGGAGCUCGGUUGGUGGGAGCCGAACAGAUCCGCCAUCCGGUUCUUCAAGUAAUAAAAGCUCCACACGUCCAAGACUACUCAAAGCCAUACAAGAUCUCAGAGCAAAGCUUCUGGUGAAAAUUCAGGAGAUAAAGAAAGAUCUUCCCAAGAAACUGCUCUUUCUCUUGGUGGGAUUCUACUCUGCAACUGCAUUCUCUACGUUUAUAGGACAAACAGGAGACUGGGAUGUUUUAUCCGCUGCAUUGGCUGUAAUCAUAGUCGAAUGCAUCGGAGCUUUAAUGUACAGAGCAUCCGUUCCAUUAAUCAACAAGAUGCGGAGCAUAAUCACCAUGUUUAACUAUUGGAAGACCGGACUCGCCCUUGGACUUUUCCUAGACUCAUUCAAGUUUUAGCUCAAGACCUUGAAAGCGACAAACACAACCGAAACCUGGCUCAAGAAUGGACAGGGACCAGCAAAAUUUGACAAGCUGUGUCUCCUUGUAUGCCAUGAAAGUUGUGAAAGACUUAAACUCAGGUCACUGCAAGACGUGGAAAGAUCAAACCCUCUGAUCUACACAAAGCAAGUCACCAGCAAACAGUGCUAGAGAGUCUGUAUAGCCUUGUAUGUAUUUGGUUGCAUCGUUGCAGAUGGAUACGUUUAAUAUAAGCAUUGAUGCCCUGAGUUAUUUUCU